CGUCAUUCUUCUUCUCUUUCUCACAAGAAAACUUCAAGAUCCUGUGUUGUUAACCUUCAAACAAGUUCUUGAUCUAAAUCAAAAUUUCUAGGAAGAGUUAAUUAAUCAUUGAUGGGAUUUGUGCGUGUUUAAGAUAUACGUUUAUAUAUGUAUAUAUGUAUGCGGAGGAAAAAAACAAUAUUGUUAAUAGUCAAGAAGGAUUGAGAUUGGAGAUGGCCUUUCCACAGCAUGGAUUCAUGUUUCAGCAACUCCAUGAAGACAAUGCUCAUCACUUACCUUCUCCUACAUCUCUCCCUUCUUGCCCUCCUCAUCUCUUCUACGGAGGAGGAAAUUACAUGAUGAAUAGAUCAAUGUCGUUCACGGGAGUAUCAGACCACCACCAUUUAACUCAAAGAAGCCCGACCACAACUAACAUGAAUGAUCAGGACCAGGUGGGAGAUGAAGACAAUCUAUCAGAUGAUGGGUCCCAUAUGAUGUUAGGAGAGAAGAAGAAGAGGCUGAAUUUAGAGCAAGUUAGGGCAUUAGAGAAGAGCUUCGAGCUAGGGAACAAGCUGGAACCUGAGAGGAAGAUACAGCUUGCUAAGGCCUUAGGGUUGCAGCCUAGGCAGAUUGCGAUUUGGUUUCAGAACAGGAGAGCUAGGUGGAAGACAAAGCAGCUUGAGAGAGACUAUGAUUCUCUCAAGAAACAAUUCGAUGUUUUGAAAUCGGACAAUGAUUCUCUUCUAGCCCACAACAAGAAACUCCACGCUGAGGUAGUGGCAUUGAAGAAACAGGACCGUAAAGAGUCAGGAAAGAUCAAGAGAGAGUCAGCAGAAGCUUCAUGGAGCAAUAAUGAGAGCACGGAAAAUUAUAAUAAUAGUUCAGAGGGGUUGAAAGAUCUUUUCCCUUCUUCAAUUCGAUCUGUGACAACGAGCACGACCUCGGCUCAUAUUGAUCAUCAGAUGCCACAAGAUCAAGGAUUUUGCAAUAUGUUCAAUGGUAUUGAUGAAACGACGUCGGCUGGUUAUUGGGCAUGGCCUGACCAGCAACAACAGCAUCACAAUCAUCAUCAUUUUAAUUGAUUAUAUUGUCCAAGAACAGCAUCAUAAUCCUGAUCAACAUAUCAUUACCAUCGUCAAAAGAAAUCGUUGAUUUUUUAAUUUGAGUAUUUUUGAAAUUAUUUGUUAUUGUUUCAAAUGAUAUUACAUUGUAUUUUUACUCUUUUCCUGUUUAUUUUGGGUUUGUAGAAAGUGGGUGUAUAGAGGAUAUUCAGCA